AUGUUGAAAGGUGAUCUUUUUCGUCGUCGUCGUCGUUGUCGUCUUGUUCGUUGGUUACGUCUUUCAUCUUUGUUUCGAUCUUAUCCCAUUUUGUUAGCUGUUAUUGUAUCAUUCAGCGUAUUCAUUUAUUUACAAUUUUUACUAAUAAAUUACAUUUUUUACUAUAAUUUUUCAAAAUCGAAUAAAACUCGUUUGUAUCCUGAUAGACCAUUGACUCUAAAUGUUCAUUCGUUUAACGUUUGUCAUCCAACACAACUAAAUAUUGAAAAACUCAAUCGAUAUUAUCAUAAGACAUUUGAAAGAGAACAACAACAACAACAACAAUGUAUUCUCAUUGAGAAUUUAAAUGGUGGACAAUGGUGGCACUAUGUUAGUCAUGAAUUUGCUGAAAUUCUAACACAUCUAUAUUCAAUUGGUAAUCAAUCAAAUAUUAUCUAUCGUCCAUUACCAAAAUAUUCUAGAAUAGUAUUAAGUACUAAUUUCACCCAAUGGUUCAUGACUGCAUGUGGUGGUGAUCAACUACCACUUGUUGUCGUUUUAUGGGAUGUCAAUUUUAAAGUAUGGUUAACUAUGAAACGUCAAUGGCAUGACAUAACGAGAAAAAUCUCCUUCAUUUUAUUUAUCGAUGAUCUUCAUUAUAUAUCAGAUGAAAUGUAUCAAAAUAGACAAUUUAUCUUGGACAACGUACAAGAGAUAUUAUCCACCUAUGCGUAUUCAAUACAUAAUUAUUAUUUAAACAUAAGUUUAUCAAAACUAACGUGGUUUCCACAUUCAGCAUCAUCGUUAGUGCUACAUCAAACAAAAUCAGCAAUUAAUGUAACCGCGCAGAAAAUGAUGUUCGUCAGCGGUGCUAAUAUGCAGCCAUGGUAUCCAUGUCGAUUUAGAGCAUUUCAAUUAUGUAUGCGCAAAAAUUUAGUUGCAUGUUUAAGACAUCCUGGCUAUGGUUUAUUGGCAAAUCAUAGUCGCAGUGCGCACGGUGAACGAUAUUCUGAUUAUAUGAAAAAAUACGUGUUUGGUUUAGGUACAUGUCAAUCUGUACAUUAUGCAGUUGCAAAAUUAUUUGAAAUACCAUCAAAUGGUUUAGUAUUAAUAACGACAAAAGAUAUGGAACAAAUAUUACAACAAUUAGGUUUAAUAAAAAAUGAACACUAUUUAACAAUCAAUUGUACAGAUUUACCUAUUUUAAUUAAUGAAAUUAAACAUAUUCAAACAAUUCCCGAUGAUGAACUUUUGACUAUUCGGCAAAAUGGACAACAAGUUGUUCAUGAACGUCAUUUGACAAUACAUCGUGCACAAUUAUUACACGUUAGAAUUGUAGCGCAUGCACUAUUAGCUUAUAGAAAACAAAAGCGACAAUUAUCUUCUAGGGAGUCAAAUGAUGAAGAAUUUGAAUCAUCAUCUGAGUUUGAUGAUCAAGAUUUAUGGGAAUGGGGCAGAAAUUGUUAA